AUGGCUGCUCGAGCAUACAAUAACCCGGGCUCAGGCUACCUUCAGAACGGUGCGAGCGGCGGUCUCCCUCCUGCUGGUGCCGCACCACUCCUGCCAAAUCAGGGCCGCGUUCUCCAGACCGGUCCCUUAAGAGUUUUGUGCAUUGCCGAUGUUCGAGGAAACUUGAGAUCACUUAACGACCUUGCGAAACAAGCCCGAGCUGACCAUAUCAUCCAUACCGGAGAUUUUGGUUUCUACGACGACACUUCCCUGGAACGAAUCGCCGAGAAAACGCUCAAGCAUGUUGCGCAGUAUUCGCCCUUGAUCUCCGAGCCUGUCAAGAAGGCCAUUCAACAAGGCGGCCCCGGCCCAGUCAAGAGCCGAUUCCCUCCUAAUGAGCUCCCUCUUUCCGAGCUGCCCCUCCUUAUCAGCGGCGAGGUCAAGCUCGAUAUUCCAGUCUACACUGUCUGGGGUGCUUGCGAGGAUGUCCGAGUGCUAGAGAAGUUCCGAACCGGCGAGUAUAAGGUACCCAACCUGCAUAUUAUCGACGAGGCUCGAUCGAUGCUAUUGGAGGUUGGUGGUGUCAAGCUACGACUACUUGGCCUUGGUGGUGCUGUUGUUAUGCACAAGCUCUUUGACAAUGGUGAGGGCCGCACUACUAUUGCUGGUGGUCAAGGAACCAUGUGGACAACUCUACUGCAGAUGGGCGAGCUUGUCGACACUGCGCACCGCGUUUAUGAUCCUACCGAGACCCGCAUUUUCGUCACACACGCUUCUCCUGCUCGUGAGGGUAUCCUGAACCAGCUUUCAGUAACCCUCAAGGCAGACUUCUCCAUCUCUGCCGGUCUGCACUUCCGAUAUGGCAGCUCCUACAACGAGUUCAGUGUCAACCCUACCCUUGACCAUUACCGAGGCAAGCUUGCUGCCUCCAAGGCAUCUUUCAAUGAUGUUUGGGAGACUGUCAAGGGCGAGGUGGAACCCGCUAUUCAGCAGAAUGAGGCUCAACAGAAUCUUUUGAAGAAUGCUCUCCAGAUUGUCGAAAAGAUGCCUACCACUGCUGCUGGUGGCAACCCCUUCGGCGGUCCUGUUGCCGGCCAGGCUUCCCUCGGACAAGUCGACGAGAGUGCUUUCAAGAACAUGUGGAACUUCAAUCUUGCUGAUGCCGCUUUCGGCUACCUGGUGCUUGAGAUUCAAGAUGGUCGUAUCGGCACGGAGAUGCGCGCUCAAGGCUUUAACUUCUCCCACAGAGGUGCCAAGCAGCAACCUGGUGCUCCUUCCAUCACGACUGGCCCAGCUGGAAUUCCUUCGCCUGCCCCUCCCUCAACCCAAUCUAGCGUCCCCCCUCCUACGAGCCGACAGCCAUCAGCAGUGCAGUCCGCCAAGCCCACCGUCGCGACCCCCUUGCCUGGUCCCCCCAAGUCGGCGACUCCCCAACCUCCCCAGACCUCGGGAAGCCCUGCUCCUCCUUCCAGCAAGGAUACCGAGAAGGCCUCAGCUCCCGCCGCAGCUAACGGUUCGGCUCAUGCCCCUGAGCGAGUCUCAUCUCCUGCCCCAAAGACCUCCGCUUCCGAUAUAAUUGGACUCUUCAUUAUGAACGUGAGCACUGAAGAACAAUGUCGAGAUCUUUUCAACGAGGAGGACAAGGACAAGAUUGCCAAGGUCGAGAAAUGGGGCAACUCUAACAAGGUCGUUCAAUUCAAGACGAUCGAGGAUCGCGAUGCCGCUUUGGCCCGACUGCCUGAGGAUGUGAAGACUCGAACUCAAGAGGAUCGAUCUAAGCCUCUGGUCAAGAUCUUCCAACAUCGGGAGACCAAGACUUUUGCUACUCGAGGCGGUGCUGGUAACUGGGGCACCAGCGGCCGCGGCGGAGCCACCAACACCAGUGGAUACCGCAGUGCUGGAGGCGCCAGCGACUCUGAAUCUAACCGACGCGGCGGCCGAGGAGGCCGCGGUCGGGGUGGAGAUCGCGGACGUGGUGGUGGACGUGGCCGAGGCGGUCUGAAGGGCGAGACAGGCGCUUCGUCACCCGCCGCAGCGCCCUCUACACCCGCUGUCGAUUAA